CCAUUCCAUCGAUACCGGAGAUCCAAAGAGCCGACUGACCUUGGUAAAUGGUGGGAAACGGAGACGCUGGCUGCAGCGGCAGCGGCGGCGAGCCGCUGCUUUCGUGCAAGAGGACCUCGUACCUCCGCUCCCUCUCCCGGUCCGACGACGAGCUCAGGGUGUUCCGCUCCUGCCUUCGUUGGAUGUGCGUCGACCAGUCCGACACAUGCCACGCCGUUGUGUCUUGGUCCGUCUUCCUCCUGCUCAGCAUCUUCGUGCCCACCGCGUCCCACUUCGUCCUCAACUGUUUCCCCGGACGCCGCGCCUACGACGUGGCGGUUCAGCUCUCCCUCACCUCCGCAUCCGCCCUCGCCUUCGUCUGCCUCUCCCAUUUCGUGCGCCGGUAUGGCCUCCGCCGCUUCCUCUUCCUCGACAAGCUCGUGGGGGAGAGCGAGCGCGUGCGAGCGGGCUACAUGGACCAGCUCAACCGUUCCUUCCGCCUUCUGUCUCUCUUCGUCAUGCCCUGCUUCGCAGGAGAGGUGGCCUACAAGAUCUGGUGGUAUUCCUCGGGGUCGGAGAGGGUUCCUUUCCCCAUCGCCGGGAGCAUGGCGGUCGGGAACGUGGUGGCCUGCGCGCUGGAGCUGGCCAGCUGGAUCUAUCGGGUGGCGCUCUUCUUGUUCGUCUGCGUCCUGUUUCGUCUGAUGUGCUACCUGCAGAUCCUCCGGCUGCAGGACUUCGCCGCUGUGUUCGUGGAGGGAGGCCCGACGUCGGACGUGGCCGAGGUGCUGGGAGAGCACCUCCGCAUCCGCCGCCAGCUCAGAAUCAUUAGCCACCGCUACCGCUCCUUCAUCCUCUACAGCGUCAUCCUCGUUUCCGCCAGCCAGCUCGUUGCUCUGCUCCUCACCACCCGCCACCGCGCCAUCGUUAACUUCAACAACGCCGGCGAGCUCGCUGUAACAAAGAAAUACAUCUACAAAAUUAACACCGCGCCAAUUGGCUUUUUUGUUUUUUUGUCAAUAAUAAAAGACGAGUUCAUUGCUUGCGCUAAAUAUGUUGAUUUGUUGUGACAGCUCUGCUCGAUCGG